AAUCCUGGGAGUGGUUUUAACAGCACGAAUGCAUGAACUAUAAGUACAUCAGAUUUGGCCAUGAUCAGAUUUUCGACUCCGAGAACUCAGAGUUCACAGUCAGCUGGACUCACAGCGUGACGGAAUUAGAUGAUCUACGAGGAUGUCCAGACGAAAGGGGACCUCUAGAAUACGAUUCUCCGUGACGAGAGCGGAUGUGAAGGUGACGUGGACGGUCGAUGCCCGAGGUCCAGGAGCUCGAGUGACGACUGCUGCUCAGGACAGGACACGGACGAAGUUGCGGAUGCGCCUGGCUUCAUUGGACGCGAGGCCCGAGGCACUGAGCCUCAAAUCCGCCUCCCAGGAAUCUGUUGGACUGUCAACGAGACAAGUUGAGCUGUCGAGAAGAGCAAUCGCACCAUUGCUCCUCGGAAGAUGAAGUCGGGCGUUCUCGCAGACGAAUGUUUGCACGUCGGGCUCGAGAGUUCGGGGUUUUGCUCAUGCCAUCCGCUCGUUGUUUGCAUGUGAUCGACACGGAGCCACUUGUCAGCGUGGGGCAAGGGUGAAGAUGUUGUCAUUCGUCGACGAACUUCCAGACGCAUGAGUGGGGGAAGUGAAUUCUCUUCGUGUUUCAAGCGGAGCUGAUCAGAGAGCAUGGCUAUGUAAGGAAAUAGUUUGUCUUGGAGAGUAGGGCAACUCGGGUCGGGGAGGUGGUCAUGGUCAUGGCGGCCCUAGCGCGAGCUGCAGUGCCUGUGUUUCGGUUUCCAACCUACCUGUGCAAUCGCAGAAUUUGUGGUCAACUCAAAGCGCCAGGGCUUUCUCCUUCUUCCUGGAGAUUGAUCUCCCGAGCGAGGAAGUCAAAUUCGGCGCAAAGUGAGCUGCGCAUGCGAGCGCAUGGUUGCGUUUCGUCAUCACAUGCGCUACCCUCUUCUCUCGGGUACACAAAACAGGGGCAAUUCAACAGAGCUGGGGUUUGCAGCUGCUCGUCCACGAAUAAGUUGGCCGGGUUAGAAUAUGAGGUAUCUGUAGAUUCUUCGUCAUCAUAUGCAGUAGGAGCAGGCCAGGAGAAAAGAACAGCCGAUUUUGCUAUUUCACGCUUCGGGGUGGCAAUUCCCGUGUCCGAAAGACCGCCUUCUAGUGUAGCGUCCUUGACUGAUGUACUCCAAUGGAGGAAACAAGCUCAAGACUUGGCUUCAUCAGUGGGAUCCGAAUUUGUGGAUGCUGAUGGCGGACCAGAAGUGAGCGAUUUGCUGAGAGAGUUGGAAUGGUUACUUGAUGAUUCUGUAGGAGGAUGUGCGUGCUGGACCGAAAACCUCGAUUUGCAGACAGGCUCGUGGAAGAUUUGCUCCUGGAGAGAUGUCAAGGAUGGUGUCACUUCUAAGCUGGAGAGUGAUACCCUGAAUGUAUAUGGGAAGCGGAAGGACCUCACCGCUUCUGGAGGAGACAUAUCUGCCAGCUUCAGCGCUUUUGCCGAUCUUUCCAAGGAACGAUAUGGGGAUCCUGUAACAGAGUUUGCCACGGAUUGUGGUUGUUCGUGUGAUGGUAUAAGGGAGAAUUUGGAAGAGAUGGCUUCUUUUGAGGAGCUUGAAUCGAGAUCGAGAACCCUUCCUACUUUAACUCUGAACAAACUCACUGACGUCGAAAACUCACCAGAUUCAAGCUCGAAAGAAAAACAUAGUCUUCAACUCAUGCUGAAGAUGAGCUUACAUGAUAUGGACCGGGCAUGGAAAGAGAGGAUACUGGAAAGAAGGCCAUUUCAGUAUGUGGUUGCAGCUGCUCAUUGGAGAGACUUGGUGCUGAGUGUCAUGGAAGGGGUUCUCAUACCUAGGCCGGAGACUGAGCAACUAGUUGAUAUGGCGGAGGUGGCCAUAAUGCGUGAUAAGUCGUUGGCCAAGGGAGUAUGGGCAGAUCUAGGUACGGGAAGCGGUGCCAUCGCUAUCGGAGUUGCUCGUUUGCUGCAGUCUCCUGGACAUAUGCUGGCCAUCGACGCAAGCACUGCUGCAGUAGCUGUCGCGAAACGAAAUGUAGAAAGAUAUUCCCUUCAGGAUAAGGUGAAUGUGUUGCAAGGCUUCUGGUUUUCACCUCUGCAAGACAAGGUAGGUGAACUAGCUGGAGUGAUCAGCAAUCCACCCUACAUCCCUACCGAGAAUGUAAAAACUCUGCAAGCGGAGGUUGGGAAGCACGAACCGAAAAUAGCUCUAGAUGGUGGACCGGACGGUGCAGAUGAUUUACGUGAGAUUUGCAAUGGCUCGGCCAUAGCACUAAGAUCUGGAGGUUUCCUCGCCUUGGAGACAAACGGUGGACAACAGGCGGAAGUUGUAAGGGAUUACCUAUGCAAAAUCAGAGUGCUGGAAGGACCUGGAAAUCCUGUGCUAUGUUUUCACGAAGUGAAGUGUGUGAAAGACUUUGCUGGUAUUACGAGAUUCGUCACUGCCAUCCGCCGAUGACACCCAAUUCUCAAAUACCCAAUCGUAUACCAAAGGUAGUCACUCACUUCUAGGCACUUUGCAAGUACCUUCCUUUGUACAUAUCAACCUUCGAACUGGAAUGUUGUGGAAGGUCUGUAACUUUUCGGAGGUUGGGCAGAUUUCCUUGACCACUGAUGCAGAUGAAUACAUCUACAGAUCAUUCGUCAGGCGCUUCUGCCUUGCAUAAAUUGUUGCGUAUAACUCCCAGAGCGAGAUUGUUGUGUCGGUUUCUAAAGAUCAAAAGAGCCUGUAAUUAUAAAGCCUGCUCCACUCCAGCAAAGUUCGAUAGCGAAACCUUUUCGUGGAGGACAUGAUCUGAUCAUCCCAAUGAUAUUUAGACCCUAAACCCUACGGGCAGUUGCGCCGACGAUUAUCAGCCUUUCCAGGUGGAUAUGAUAUAUCGUUUGUUCUUCAUCCUCUCUUCGUUCUUCAGGAUCUAUCACCAGUUCCACCAAAUGUUGUCCAAAACAGGAUCCAGUGGGAAAUAAGGAAAGUGUUUUAUGCAAACCGUUGAUUAAUGUCACACCAAGAAAACAUUCGCGUUGUGACCAUAGGAGCGUGUCUGGAUCAAUUUCAAAGACAAUGUAGGUGAAGAGCACUACAGAUAGAGCAUGGAGAUCACUUUUGACAUUGCCGUGAGGAUCAUGAAAACCUCUGCGAAUGUUAACUCCGCAAGUCAGUGGUUGAUUGGGCUUCGUUGUGCGUACAUACUCUUACAUAUAUCCUGUUGAGGGUGAGGUCGGAGGUCAUGCAGGAGCUCUGUUAGCAGUUCUGGUUACACAUUCGAUUUCGUGCUGAAGGGGAUGUUCGCGUGGAUGCUCAAGAAGGAUAAGACCUCACGUAAUGGUGGAUUUGUUGCAUUCAAAUUAUGUAACAUAAAAUUGAAAUUAGCCGCAUCACAACAUACACGCAUUGGAUAUUUAGAAUUCCAUGGAUGACGUUGAAGUGAAAAUUGUGAAGAAUCGUCAAGAAGAAAUUGUAUCACAUUUGCUCCGUGUAAUUUGUGUAUAUAUAUAACUUUGCAUAAUAUAUAUUUUUGGAGUUUGAACAAAAGCUUACGUUGUAAUCAUAUUGGCUUAAAUUGUAGCUACUUUGAGACAUUGCCAAAUUAAAGUUGAGAAUUUUUAUAUUUUGUUGUUCAGAAUCAUUAAACAAUACGAUCCAAAAUUAAUGUCUGAAUAUGUGUAUCACAU